GUGCAAACAGCAAGAUGGAGUGUCAGAAAAUUACCAAUUUUGGAAACCAGCUUCUUCGUCGGAAAAAUGUGGACUGCUCUCGAGAAGACAGUCGCCUCUCGCGAUGCCUUAACACGUUUGACUUGGUGGCUCUGGGUGUAGGCAGCACUUUGGGUGCAGGUGUCUAUGUACUGGCUGGAGCUGUGGCACGGGAAAACGCCGGGCCUGCCAUCGUUAUCUCCUUCUUGAUUGCCGCCUUGGCUUCGGUGCUGGCCGGACUCUGCUAUGGAGAAUUCGGCGCUCGAGUUCCUAAGACGGGAUCAGCUUAUCUCUACAGCUACGUGACCGUGGGUGAGCUGUGGGCCUUCGUCACAGGCUGGAAUCUAAUCCUCUCCUAUGUUAUCGAAAGGUAAUGAUAAAUCGUCUCCUUCAUGCCCUUCAUCUAGUUGGUUUUGGGGCCAUUCCUACCAUGAUACUGGACGACCAAAAUGAGUGACAUAGCCGUGGUUGCUGUCCCAAAACCUGAUUCUGCAAAUGCACAAUGAAAAGUUUUGCCUACUGAAUGUUCUACUCCGAGGAUCUGGGCUCAGAGUGGUAUUUCCGAGAUUUUUUUUUUUCCUCUCAUAAUGGAUUUUGAACAACUGUCUCAGUUCUUAUUUCAGAGUUGACUACUCACUGUAUUGUCACAAGACAGGAAAUUCAGUUAAAAAUAAGUAGAUACUAUCCAUGAAUGUGUUCAAAUACAACUUCCUUACUUUUAUUUCAGUCCUGUGUCAAGAAUGUGUAUUUGCAAACUGUCUUUCUCAUAAUUUGUGAGAAAGGGUGGCUAAGGUGGAAAAACUCUGGCAGAGGGUAUGAAGUGUAGGAGGUCUCCUUAUCUUGCUCAGCUUUUCUGCCAGAUCUAAUUGCCCCUAUUGUGAGCAAGGACAACUCCCAGCAGCUUCUGGGGUAUGGAGGAGAAAGAUAUGUUGUCUUCCACUUUCAGGUUCCAGUCAGCUCACUCAAUGAGACUUUUCGAAGUGUUUAUAAUGGUUCCUGUACUCUGCUUAGACACAUGGGAGAAAUACUGACUAGAUAGUCUCAAGAAGUCAAAAUAGCACAAAAGUUUUCUGGCAAACUUUUGAAAGAUUAGGAGACUUUGGCUAAAGACUCAGUACAACAUGUGAUCAACAUAAAAACACUUCUCACAGCAUUAAUUUUGCCCAUCCAACUUAGCAAACUUUAAACCUGUUAGUUACUCAAAAUCUUCCAAGAAGAGGGAAUUAGAAGGAGUGAAAGACAGAGAAGAUAUAGAAGAGCACACAUAGCUACCAAUGCCUGUCUUCCAGCAGUGUUCAGAAUCAAACUCCAAGAGGAAGGUAGGAUCAAGAUGUGCUGCACUCGUGCUCAGCCUUAAAAACUUGGUGGUGGGACUUCUGGUCAUUUGGCUACUCAGGAACUGGGUUAGGCAGAGUGGAGACCUGCCCCUGGUGUGCCAGUGCAGUGCUGGAAUAGAGACUGGGGGGUGUGGAGGCAAGGCACUGCCUCACCAGGGAAAAGCUUAACCUGCUCACUCUCAAACACGCAGGCAUCCUUAAGUGUCUCGGGACAUCAGUCCUUCCAGUCUCUGACAGCACACACUGCACUUCAGAGCCAGGGCUUGAGAGGGGCAGAAAGCUGUUUUUUUUUUUCUUAAUCUUGCUGAGAAAAUGGCAAGCAGUGCAUUUAAAAUGUGCAUCUCUUAAGGGCUUGGCCAGCUUGGUGUUUUCAUGCUGAGGUUCUCAGACAUCGGCUCAGGAAGUAUUGUGAGGGUGGAAAAAGAAAUCCUGGAGUCCCAAGGAUGGGUGGCCAGUAACUUUUAAUUAAUUGAAGUGACUUGACUUGGGGGAAGGCUUGUGUGGAGUCUUGGAGAUGGGUGAUGAGAAAUAAAUGGGUAUGCAGCUUAUCAGUUAUGGUCUAGAGAGAAAGAGAAGGGUGUCCAGGACCAGGAUCUGAUGUAAACUUUUUUCUAGGAUGAUGUGGGUUUGGGGAACUGUUCCAGAUUGUGGAAUGCGUUUCAAGAACUAGAAACUGGUGGGAGCUGGUGCUGUGAUGAGUAACAACAUCUCUGUUCAGUAAGUGCUGCUGGGGAUUCCUGGCACGUGGUGACCUCCUUGCCCAUGCUUGUUCCUGCAGCGAGCCUGGCACCUGAGCUCUGCAGUUCUUCUGGCAGCUGUGUGCUGUAGGCAGGAGCCAAAUCUGCUCUGGUGGGGCUAUGCUGACCCAGAACUAGUAAAUCUUCCUGGGUACAAGCUGAAUGUCUGCACUGUGCUCUCUAAUAGCAGCAAGAUAUUAUCCAGGUGUCUGUGUUGAAAGAAUGUCAGAUUCCCCCUGCUCCCUCAAGCCUGUUGAUUACAGAGAGAUCCAGAUAAAUGGCUGAUAGUUAUGUGGCGCUGGCAUCAAAGCAGCUGGCAUCUAAUAUGACACAUGCAUGACCUGGGUGUUCCUGUCCUAAAAUGUAAAAUAUUAGAGCUAGGACAAAAAAAGUAGCACUAAAAUAGUCUUUUUACUCAAAUUGUACCAAAGCUAACCUGAAAAAUUGUAAUGUGUUGUACGAUAACUUUUGCAAUUUUUCAAGAUUAAAUUGAUGGCAGUGACGUCCAAACUCUUUAAAGGUGUUCACACUGUGCACUUUUCUGUCUUGGUGAACAGAAGAGUCUCCCAACAGGUCUGUUCUGCAGUUUAAUUUUUAUGCUGUUGCAAAGCUGGAUUGGGCAGGUGAGUGUUCCCAGCUGUGCUGCAGGUGCUGCUCACCACUGCUGCAGAGGAUUUGGCUGUAGGUGAGCACAGACAUUGUUUGACAGGAUUGCAGGUGCCGGAGUUGGGACCUGAACACCCACUCUCAGGUGAGUGUGGCAGGACAGACUGUUCUGGGUGGAAAGGGGCCCCUCUAAGGAGCUGCUCUGCAAGCCAAAACCAACCCAAGCUCUUUUUUUAACUACGUAAUUGUGUACAGUAAUAAUUGUGAUAUGCAAUUAGGUGCUGUUAUAUAUAGUGUAUGAACUGUAUGAGACACUGGGAGUGUAACAGGAGCCACGUUAACAGAGGAGAGGGAGAAGUUGGGUUUUAUCUAAACCUACUUAUUUCACAAAAUGCUGUCACUGUCUGGUGGUAGCUCUUUGUUGUUACUAUUUUAGUUCUCUAAAAUUACUUUUAUGGCCCAGACACUGUCCCGAGCUUGCUUGUCCUGAGACCCCAGGUUCAGUCCUCAUCCCAGCAAGCUGCACAUAGUAGGAUGCACUCAAACAGAAACAAAAAGUGGCCUCAGAGGGUGAAGCCUGAGCACUUGCUGCAGGCAGGAGCUGUUCUGCUUGCUGUGGUCGUGCCCAGCAUUCUGCAAUAGGCUGACUUAUGCUCAGAUAACAUGUAAAUUGUAUCUGAGUCUUUUUCUUGCUUGGAUGCUCUAGCACUGGAGGUCAGAGCAGACCUGAGUGCUGCCAGAUCGCAGAGCUGGCCACUGGUGUGGUCCAGGCUCUGGUGCUCCGGCACUGCAGUGCUAGAGAGCAGCUGGAUUCUGUAAGGGCUCUCUGCCUGGGCUGCAGCCACCUAAAUGGGGGUUCCAGGGUCUUCUGCCAACAUUACAUCUGGACUUCUCUGGUAACAGAAAUUACCAGGUUUGGGGGAAGGGUAGGCCCUUGAAGGUGCAAGGAAAAAGUCAGGGCACUAUCUAAGGUGAGGUUGAGGUUUGCAAAGAAGCCAGACUAAAAAGAUUUUUCUCAUCUUGUCAGCUUAGCAUAAAUCUGAGGCCCACCACCUGUGUGUGUUACUAUCAGAGCAGAUGCCAAACAUGAACACAGGCUGUGGGCUGGGUAUGGAUAUGAACGGCUGCUCCCAGCACCUGGGAGCACAUGCAAGGCUGCUUUGAGACCCUCUGUAUUGAAAAACCAUACAAGGUGCCCCCUGGUUUGGAACAUGUGCCAGCCACAAAGGGUGAUCUUUGUCCUUUCUAUCCUCUGGCAGGAACCUCCAGUGUGGCCAGAGCCUGGAGCGCGACGUUUGAUGAAAUCAUAGGGCAGCACAUUGAAAAAUUUUGUAAAAAAUACAUGACGAUGGAUGCUCCCGGAGUGCUAGCAAAAUACCCAGACAUCUUUGCUGUGGUGAUAAUCAUCAUCCUAACAGGACUUUUAGCUUUUGGUGUGAAAGAAUCUGCCCUGGUGAACAAAGUGUUCACCUGCAUCAAUGUCCUUGUCCUUGGAUUUGUCGUGAUCUCCGGUUUUGUGAAAGGAUCUGUUAAAAACUGGAACCUGACUGAACAGGACAUUUACAACACCAGCCAUAGCAUUUUCAAAGACAAUCAAACACAGGAAGAAAAUCUCUACGGUGUUGGAGGGUUUAUGCCCUAUGGAUGGAAAGGAGUCCUCUCAGGGGCAGCUACGUGUUUUUAUGCUUUUGUGGGAUUUGACUGUAUUGCUACUACAGGUGAGGAGGUAAAAAACCCUCAGAAGGCCAUUCCUAUUGGCAUUGUGGCAUCUCUUCUCAUCUGCUUUGUGGCUUAUUUUGGCGUGUCGGCUGCCCUGACGCUCAUGAUGCCUUACUACCAGCUGGAUACCAAUAGCCCUUUACCCAAUGCCUUUAAAUACGUGGGUUGGGAUGGAGCCAAUUAUGCAGUGGCUGUUGGUUCCUUGUGUGCACUUUCUACAAGUCUCCUUGGCUCCAUGUUUCCGAUGCCUCGAAUAAUUUAUGCUAUGGCAGAAGAUGGACUUCUCUUUAAAUUUUUGGCUAAAGUCAACGAAAAGAGAAAAACUCCCUUAAUUGCAACAGUGACCUCAGGAGCUACUUCAGCUGUUAUGGCCUUUCUGUUUGACUUGAAAGAUCUUGUGGACCUCAUGUCCAUCGGGACCCUCCUGGCUUACUCCUUGGUAGCAGCCUGUGUGUUGGUACUGAGGUACCAGCCAGAGCAGCCUAAUUUGGCAUACCAGAUGGCAAGGUCGACAGAGGAGACAGAUAACAACGAGUCUGUGAGCACCAGUGAAUCACAGGCUGGUUUUCUGCCAGAGGAAGAGGAGAAGUUUUCCCUCAAAGCCAUACUGUGUUCCACAGAUUCAGAUCCUUCCAAAUUCUCAGGUUUGGUGGUGAAUGUCUCAACCUUUAUCUUAGGUUUCCUUAUUGUGGGUAUCUGUAUCCUGACUUCCCUUGAGCCAAACAUUCUGAUAAACACUGUACAGAUUAUUGCUGCCAUCCUUGUUGUCACUGUCAUCUUCAUUAUACGGAAACAGCCUGAAAGCAAAACCAAACUCUCCUUUAAGGUACCUUUUUUGCCCUUUCUUCCUGUUGGGAGUAUUUUUGUGAAUGUUUACCUCAUGAUGCAGCUAGAUGCAGGCACGUGGAUUCGAUUUGCAAUCUGGAUGCUCCUAGGCUUUAUCAUCUACUUUACCUAUGGAAUAUGGCACAGUGUGGAAGCCAGCUAUGCGGCCUCAGCAGAAGCGGAGAGAAACACAGACACUGGCUCAGACAGCUGCAAAUGACUGUGAUUGACUUAUGGGUGGCUGAAAGAAUGGCUGCAGUGAAAGAAACUUUGUGGUGGGGAUCCUGAACCAGAUUACACCUGUAAUCAGUUAUCAGGAACACGGAAGCAGAAUGCAGGACUCCCCAGCUUGGUUACUGCAGCUUGCAGUUUGUUUAGCAGCACAGUUAAAAGGGACUACAAGAUGAAAAGAAUCAACUCUGCCAUAUUCCCAGCAGCACUGGCAGCUCAUCUGGGGUGCUUCCCUUUCUCCCUCUCAGAUUUUGUUUUUUUUUCCCCAGUGUGUAGAAAGAGAACUGCUUCUGUGUGCAAAUGCUGCUAUGAAACCAGGCCUCACAAAUGUCCUUCUUUCAGUAGCACUGGGAAUUACCUCCCAACAGAUAUUCUUCCCAAUUUUGCAUGGAGCAGGUUUUGCAGUGCUACUGUCAGGCAUAAACCAGGAUCUAUCCUUUACCCUAUGUGAGCUGUACCCUCUGUGUAUGCACACAAAAAAAAGGUUCUCACAAUCGCUAGAUUUCCCCAGGUUAACAAAGCUCCUGUAAGAUUUGCAUUCUUUAAAAUACCAGAUUUUAACUUUUUUGUUUUAUUUAACUGGGUUUUUUAGCUAUGUGGUCACAUGCUUUCAAGCAUGUCAUUGCUGGGAAAUGUUGAGAAAGUUAAUGCUUGCUGAUUUUCAGGUGAGUGAUUGCUCGCCAGCACACAGGUAACACCAGCAGGUGUUUCUCCCAACUGUAUGCUCCACAGAGAAAUUGCCAGCUUUAGUCAGGAACCCACAUGGUGCAAGUACUGCCAGGGCUUGAAAGCAACAGGUGUCUCCAAAAAGCAGUCCUGCCUCUUGGCUUCAGAAAUCACCAGUGGUGUGGCUGUAGUGGUGGGGUUGGCCAGCAGAACUGAGCUACUGUGACAGCAAGUGCAACCCUAUGUUCUUUCGCCCCACAUCAGUUUUCUGUGCUGCUGCUUGGCAUUAGCAACUUUGGUUUGGCAUUGGCAGGUGGAGCACAUUCCUGCCCUGGGAAGGGAAGCACAGGAGGAUCCUCAGAGGCAUGAGAUUCUUGCAUGAGCAAUGCCUGGUCUCAGCCCCCUGCCCGGGGUGGCUGUGGGGCUGUGCAGGGACUUUUCAAUCUUGGCAGAGCGUGCAGCCCAGAAAACACCAUUAAACUCUAGGGUCUGACUUGCUGAGGGGAGCUUUCCCUUUGCGGCUGGAGAUCAUCUCCAAAGCCUGUCUGUAGUAAGGCGGGAAAUUUGGAGUUGGGACCAGGAUCUGUAUUUGAUUGGCAAUGUCUUGAUUUUGGCUGUAAGUUGGUUUUUUUUUGUUUUAAUUCUCUCUAAUAGCUUUCCCUAGCCAAAUUAAUCCACUGCCCUAAAAAGGUUUAUUAAAGCACCGUGAAGGUUAGCCAUGCCCAAGUAAUCCCACUGAUCUAAAUUAAUGCUUCAGCUUGUACUGAAAAACAGAUUAUAGAAUUGUGGAAUAGUUUGGGUUGCAAAGGGACCUUUGUAGAUCAUCUGGUCCAGCUUACCUGACAUCAGCAGGAACAUCUUUAACUAGAUAGGUUGUUCAAAACCCUGUCUAACCUGCUCUCAGACACUUCUGGGGUCAGAGCAUCCCAGAUAGAUACUGCAGAAAUCCCCUUUCCCGAUGUGAGUGGAUGCUUUCCUAGGUGUCCUUCAUACUACUGCCUCUGAACACUGGACAGUCUUUAAUUUGUCAGCAUGGCUCUUGCUGAUGAAGCAACAGGUUCUUGCACCUGUCAUUGAGUUGGAGAACUGAACAGACCUCUGCAUGACAUGCCCAGGGUCUCACCAGGCAUCUGAUGCAGCAGAAAAGGGAAUCAGACCAUCUCCUGGAUUUUAUGGCUGGAUUGUGGACUAUUUCUCAUGUUUCCAAGAGAAUUUAUAGCCCACUGAAGGGUUUUCAUCUUUUAAUUUUAGUACACUGGGAGGCUUUUUGUGACAGGAUGGCAAUUUGAGGAAGUGAAGGCAAUGUGUUCAUUGCCUCCUAGGUGCCCUUCAGGGUGUGUGAUGAGUGCAGCUUCCCCCACAGAACAAAGUCGGGGGUCUGCUCCAGUCACUGGGUCUUGACCAUCUGUUAAGCCUUACUCCUUGUGCAUAUACAAAGUCUUACUCAAGCAGGGGGAGAUUAAUACAGAAGUUAAAAGCCAA